AUGGCCGACGCCAACAAGCCUGCCGUUCUGAUCAUCGGCUUCAUCGGCCGCCAUCUGGCUCUCUAUAUCCAUGAGAACAAUCUGGCCUCAGAGGUCCGUCUGGUCGACAAGGUUCUCCCGCAGCUGGCGUGGCUGGCCCCCGAGUUUCAAGAAGCUUGCUCCAAGGAAAAAUUCGUGCAGGCGGAUGCCAGCCGUGAACAGCAUCUUCCACGGAUCUUCGACCGAGCCAAUGGCGAACAAUUCGACUAUGUGAUCAACUGCGGCGGCGAGACACGGCAUUCCCAGCCCGACGACGUCUACGAAGCGCGUAGCUGUAACCUCAGCAUCUCGUUGGGCAAGGAGGUCGCCAAGCGUGGAAUCAAGUGCUACAUCGAGUGCUCCACCGCUCAUGUCUAUAAGAGCGGCUCCUCCCCACGCAAGGAGGCUGACAAGAUGCAGCCGUGGCACAAGUUGGCCAAGUGGAAACUGAAGGCUGCGGAUGAGCUGCUGAAGAUCGAGGGAUUGAACUACUGUGCGCUGCGACUCCCGCACGUCUAUGGCGAGUACAACUCGGGCUACUUUGCCAUGGCACUGUGCUUGGCCCGCGUCCACCUUGAAAUGGGUCAGGACCUCGAGCUUCUCUACACCAAGGAUGUCAAAGUGAACACACUACACGUGAAGGACGCUGCGAGUGCCUUGUUCCGCGCUGCCGAAUGGCGUGCCGGGAAGACACGGACUAGUGAGGGUAUUCCUGAUAUAUUCAAGGACCCCUCGAUGACCUGGGCCUUCAACGUCGUCGACCAUAAUGAUACCCAACAGGAACAUGUCGCCAAUGCUCUGGCCGAAGUGUUCGGCCUCAAGGUCUCCUUCAUCGGCUCGCUUGUAUCGCAACUUGCCAAGAUGAACCUCGACGAUGUCGUUGACGACAUGAACGAGGUUAGUUUACAAGAGUGGGCUGAGCUGGUCGAGAAGAGCAAGAUCGAGCGCCCCGGUCCCAUCGGUCCCUUCCUGGAGCGUGACGUUCUUAAGGACCAGGAUAUGUCCAUCGACGGCUCGCUCUUCGAGUCAACCACGGGUUGGAAGCCCAAGUAUGAACGCUUCAACGCCGACAGUGUCCGCGCCAUGGUCGACAGUUACAAGCGCAUGGGUUGGUGGCCCUAA